GUCACAGUACGUAAAGGAGUUUGUGACAGUCCAGCGCGCCAAAUUAAUACAGUCAACAAAGACAGAGCUGAACAUUGUCCUGUUCUUACUUCUGCUCUACAAAACCGCAAAACUCAGCUGUAGAGCCGUCAGGACGUGAGACGGAUCAUACUUUACCCGUCAGACUCGAGUCAGAACACCAGCUGAAGGAUGGGUUUGCUCGAGCGGUGUCAGGAGCUCUUCAAGACCGAAAACCUGUACGAGGUGCUGGGCAUCAACAAAGAGGCAACCGAGGCAGACAUCCGGAAGAGCUACUACAAAGUGUCCCUCAAAGUCCACCCUGACCGGGCUCCUGAAGACCCGCAGGCCACGGAGAAAUUCCAGGUGUUGGGAAAACUGUAUGCGGUGCUCAGCGAUAAGGAGCAGAGAGCUGUGUAUGAUGAGCAGGGGGUGGUGGAUGAGGAGUCUGACGUCUUGAGUCAAGAUCGCUGCUGGGAGGACUACUGGAGACUGCUGUUCCCUAAGAUCACAGUGCAGGACAUCCUCGAGUUCGAGAAGAAGUACAAAGGCUCGGAUGAGGAGCGGGAGGAUUUGAUCAAGCUGUAUGUGCAGCACCAGGGAGACAUGGAUGCCAUAACAGCCUCGGCUCUGUGCUGCUCCCAGGAAGACGAGCCCAGGCUCGCCGGCAUCAUCCAGGCGGCCAUCGAGAGCGAAGAAGUCACAGCGUUCCCGGCGUUUACUCAGGAGAAGGACAAGAAGAAGAGGGCUCGCAGGAAGAGGGCUGAUCGAGAGCGAGAAGAAGCAGAAGAAAUGCAGAAGGAGAUGGGGCUCGGAGAUGAAGAUGACAGUCUUGUGAUGAUGCUUAAGCAAAGACAACAGUCAAGAGAGAAGAAUUUUAACAGUUUCCUGUCUGAUCUUGAGGCGAAAUACUCAAAGAAGAGUGAUAAACCCCAAAAAGGGAAAAGAGGUAAAAAGUAAGAAACAUCCAGGCUCUGGUUUUAUGGACAACAUGUACAGAAAUCUUCAUUUGUUCAUUAUUAAGAUGAAUAAGCUAGUUAAACGCUCUGUUAUGCUUAUGUGCACUAACCCAACUUAAAGGAGUUUUAUGUGGCGCUUUGAUUCAAAAUGUAAAUGCAUCUUUUAUUUCUUGUCAUGUACUUUGCUGUCUUCAUCAACACAAAUAAAUUCAUAUUUAUGCGUUGUUUGUA